UGAACCCUUAAUCACAAAACCACCAACUAAUCCUCUCCUCUCCAACCUUCUCACAUUUAAUCACAAUGUCAGCAGAACAAGUUUUGAAAUUAUUUGAUAUCAAUUGGUUUGAAACAUCAAUUUUCACCAACAACAAUAAAACUUUACAUUCAACAACACUUCUAGAUUCAACAGCCUCAAUGUCCCAAGUUGAAGAACAAGUUUUUCUAGACACAAAACUCCUAAAAAUUCCAACAAUUCAUGUAAGGUCUUUUAGCCACGAAAACUUAGGUUCAAAAAUUGGUUCUUUCUAUGAUUCUCUCUCACCAAACUCUGUCCUCACAACACAUAAGCUGAAACCAAUUCUCUCAGGCAAAGAAGUGGAACAAUUCACACUAGAAAAAGAAUCAACUGAUGCGAAAAAGGUGAGUCGUCAUACUCAACGAACGAGACUCAGAAAAGGGAAAAAAUUUACUAGGAGUUUAUCGGAGCUCGAGUUUAAGGAGCUAAAAGGGUUCAUGGAUUUAGGAUAUGUUUUCUCCGAGGAAGAUAUGGAUUCAACAUUGAUUUCUUUGAUACCGGGAUUGAGCAAAAAAGAACACAAUGUUGAUGAAAAUGUUAUUUCUAGGCCUUAUUUGUCUGAGGCUUGGGGUCUAAGAAAGCAAAAGAAAGUUGUGAAUAAAUUGAAUAAUUGGAGGGUACCAACUCUUGGCAAUGAGAUUGAUAUGAAGGAUAAUCUUAAGUUUUGGGCUCACACAGUUGCAUCCAUUGUAAGAUAACAAUAACAAUAAUCAAGUUUUUUUCUUCAUUAUUUUCUUUUUCUUGUGGAUGUUCCAAGUGCAAUCUUCUUGAUUUUCUAUGGAAAAGUCUUCAUUGUACAUAUAUUUGAUAUUUGAUUAAUAUGCAUUUCCUAAGUUAUUUUUUGUACCCAAUUUGUAUUGUUUUUUCCCAAGGGUAGUUUUAAAUCUU